AUGCUUAAUUACGACGACAACGAGCAGACUCUCGCGGAGUUUUAUCAUGUAGAUUCUUUGGAGGAUCCAGGAGAUUAUAGUGGCCACUCCAAAGGAUUUCAGGACUCUGAAUUGCUCGAUGAAAUGACCCUUCUUGACAGAUACGACACCUUGAGUAAAUUCCUCAAGCCAGAUGCCGCAGUGACGCCUCACCACCACACGGAGGAAGAUUUCCGUGAUCCACUUAAUGGAGACGACUUAGCGGCCACACUCAUACGGAAAGGUGCCAUCUCGUCGGAAAAUGACCCGCAGGUCAACAAGUUCAUGGUUUCGUCACAAGCAUUCAAUUCUCAGGCGUAUUUGCUGGUGGUGCACCAGGAUACGUCAAUUGAGCAGUUGAUUACGUCUCUCAAUGGGUUGGACCGUAGCAUACGUGGACAAACUUCGCAGUUGAAAAGCGUUUUGAACGAGAAUUUCGACGGGUUUGUAUCGUGUAAAACUGCCAUAGAUAAUGUUUUGGAAACGUUCAAGGCGCUGAAGUCGCGGGCUCAACAGGACCUGGAACGGUCCAAGGUGUUUAAUCCUGCGUUACGAAAGAACCAACGCAAGUUCGAGGAGGGCGAGUCGUUGUUGGCAGAGUUAGACGAAUCCAUCAACAACUUGAACAUGUCCACGUCACUAAUGAUCCGGCCAAUCAUGGAUCACAACGCAAAAGAGGCCAAGGUGACCCGUUUGAUUGAGUUUGUCAACAAGAACAAGUUUCUCUUCGAUCUCCCCCACAAAUUCAUAGAGUAUUUAUCCGCUCAUGACCAUGAUUCUUUUAUUGACGAUUACAAUAACUACUUGAAGGAACGCGAGUUUAUCGAGGGAAGGCAGAAGAGUGAAUUGGAACGUGCAGAGGCCACGAAUGACAGCGACGAAAUCCGCCGUGUAAAACAGGAUCAGGCAAUCCAGAACACGGCCCUAGAGAAAGUCUUCACUGAGGUGGAAAACAUCGCUUCUGAGUAUCGGAAGAAGGCCUUCAAGGAACUUCUAGCCAUGGACCACGAGGUAAGUGCCAAACUAAACAGAAAAGUUGCGCUGGACGUCAAGUUUAUUGAUCUUGUAAACAAGUUACACCGACUCAAUAACAACUCCGAGAAUACAAACCCAAUCUUUCACUUUCUCAGCUCACAGCUUGACCGCAUAAGAAGUGAUUUGUACUCUCAGCGUUCCAAGUUUGAGACCAAAUUUGCUCUGAUGCAGAGAAGACUCAUGGACUACAUUUCAUCUUUGGCAGAUCUGCGAGAGGGUGGCUCAUACAUCCGUUACAUCGAUGAUAAGUUCGAGAGUGUAGAGAGUUAUUUCCGUGCUUCGUCGACCAUGCGGACACCCAAAAUUGACUCCGACAAAGAGAAGAUCAUUUGCGAGAUCUUCGGCAACAGCGAAAACUUGGAUCUCUCUAUUAUAAACGAGGCCUGGCUAGUCUUCUCCAACUACAUAACAUACGUCCACGACAUCUUCCAUUCCAUGGUAGCCAAAUUUGUCAAGAACUACAAUCACUAUGCCAACGGCCAGAAUGGAUAUAAUGUUGAUCCGGAUGGAGUGUUGAGGGAUGCCUUCUUCUCGUUCAUCAACAGCGAAGUCACAUCCUUGGUGGGUGUCUUUGACUCUGAGAGUGCCGUCGAUCAGAUGAGAGUAACUCCUACCAACUGCCCCUACUUGCCAUAUCACACGAAUUCUCUUUCUACGAUUUUCUACCUCACUGACAUUUCCGGGAAAAUCAGAGAGUUGUUGACUUUCAUUGGUCAGUGCACUGUCAAGGUUGGAAACUCCACACAAAGCAUGGACACUAACAGACAGAUAAAGAGCUUAAGAGAUGCGGCAGGUAUCAUCGACCAGAAGAUCUUGGAAGGUGUUUGCGCUACUUGGGUAAAUGACUGCUCACAAUUCUACGAUCUUGAAAAUUGGGAGCAAUAUGAUUCAAUGGGUACCAAGAACCGUGGUGCCACUGUAUUCACUAAGCUGAUGCGGAUAUUACACUUCUACGAGAUCUUUGUUCUCGAAGAAUUGGCGAAGUUGGUUUUUGAGACUCCAAAGGAAAAUGAGGAAGUCAGAGUCGUCGCAUCGUUCCCUAGCAAAAGAGUUCUUGUCAGUCUCGAGAUUCAGUUCAUGAGAAGUAUGAAUGUUCUUGUGGACUCCAUUGUGAAGCAAUAUGCCGCUGAAAAGAGUGCUAUCGAUGCCGACAACCUAUAUGAACACGAUAUUGAGCAAAUUAUAUUCAAGAUUUUGACCAUGAAUAAUUUCACGGUUCUCGGCGAGAACAUUUACCCACACAUUAUUGAGAAAUUUGACAAGCUCUUCGAGAAGACCUUGCUGAAGCAAAACUUGAAACUUUUUGCAGACCUUGACAAAGUGAAGCUUACCAUUCUUGAUGACAUCAAUGAGAACGAGAAGGCAUGGAUCGAUGCUAGAAUUGAAGAGCAUUUCAGGCUGGUUGAGAAUAAGGAAAUACGCACCUUGCAAAUCGAUUCCUUUGUCUACGACUCUUUGAUGCGCUUUGUAAGGUUGGUUCACGUAUUCAAGCCAAUCGCCGAUCCCGAAACCUUCGUUAUGAUUAUCCUGGAGUUGCAAGGACAAUUUUUGUUGAAGUUUCUUCUGUGCAUUCGUGCCAUUUCAGAGAAGGAAAAGCUCAUUGCAAGAGUGCUUGGCAACUUGAAGCUCGAUCUUGAUUUCUUCGUGGAGGUUUUUGAAAGGAGUGAUUCGAUCAAGUUAGACGAUCAUUGCCUCAAUAUUGUGCAAAUCACUUUAGGGCAUAUCGAACAGGUUGAGAAGAUAUUCUCAGAUUUGGGAUUCUCACAAUCGGACAUCGACAACACAUUGGCUAGAGCUUUGAGGAACAGUGAAAUCGAAUUCUCUUGUUUUGUUUGA